CCGCGCCGCUUCCUGCCGCCGCCCUUAAAGGUGCGGGGCGGCCCAGGGCGCGGGCGGGGCGCGACCCGACCCGCGGAGCCAGGAUGAUCCAGCGGCACCAGCUGGUGCAGUCUGUGCUGCAGGAGCUGCAGGAAGCCACUGAAUGCUUUGGUCUGGAGGGCCUCACCAGUGCUGCGCUGGAGGCAGAGAGGACCCUGUCAUCUUUCUCCCUGCCUGGCUAUUGCGGGAGGCAGUUCCAAGAGGAGCUGGAGGUUGACCGGGUAGCCAGGAGCCUCUAUCCUGAGGAUGCCCCAAGUAACAUGCUGCCUCUGGUUUGCAAAGGUGAGGGGAACCGCCUCUUUGAGGCUGCCAGUGUGCUGCUCUGGGGCAACCCCGGCCUCAGCCUGGAGCUGCAGGUGCGUACGGUGGUGGAGAUGCUGCUGCACAAGCAAUACUACUUGAAUGGCAUGAUUGACUCCAAGGUGAUGCUGCAGGCUGCCCGCUACUCCCUCUGCACCGAGGAGACCCCAGAGAUGACCAGCCUCCCCAUGGCUAUCCUGGAGGCCAUCUUUGAUGCUGAUAUCAAAGCUACCUGUUUUCCUGGCACCUUUGCCAACAUGUGGCAUGUCUACGCUCUUGCCUCAGUACUGCAGUGUAACAUCUACUCCAUCUACCCCAUGAGCAACUUGAAGAUCCGGCCCUACUUCAACCGGCUCAUCCGGCCCAGGAAAUGUGGCCCACGAACCUCCACGCUCCACAUCAUGUGGUCAGGGCAGCAGCUCUCCCGGCAGGUCUUCAAAGCGCAGUACUUUGUGGCCGUGGUUGGCCUGGAGGAGCUAGAACCUACAAUGCCUUUGCCAGAGCCUCCUGUCCAGCCCAUGAAGACCCUUGAGCUGCUGAACAGUGACCCCCAGCUGACCUACUCCAACCUGCGUGACCGGUACAGCAUUACCAAGAGCACCUUCUACCGCUGGAAGCGCCAGUCUCGUGAACACCGGCAGAAAGCAGCUGCCAGGUUUGCAGCCAAACACUUCCUUCAGUCCUGCUUUCAGGAGGGCAACAUAAUCCCCCUCCAGCACUUCCGACAAAUGUUUCCAGAAAUCUCCCGAUCCACAUACUAUGCCUGGAAGCAUGAGAUGCAGAGCAUGGUCAAUGGUGAUGCCUGUGCUGUGGCUGAGGCCCACGGGUUGCAGGAGCUUCACAGGGAUGUCCCAAGAAAGGCUGAUGUGUAUGAGCCAGCAAAUUCACGGGGGCCCUUAAGACCCCCAAGUCCUUCCCUAGACCCCAUCCAAGCAGGAAUCUUCAUGCAAGGAGCCAAAUCCUACCUGGAGAAAUGCAUUUCCAUGAACACUCUGGUGCCUUACAGGUGCUUCAAGCGCAGCUUCCCUGGCAUCUCCAGGUCCACUUACUACAACUGGCGAAGAAAAGCAAUCAAGGAGAACCCCAACUUCAAACCCCCUCAAUCUCCCUUGGAUAACCAGAAACCUCUAGUGACAGGAAAGCCGUUCCUGCAGUUGAAGCCAAGCAGUGUGCCUGUUAAGAAGAGGCUGAAUGGAGACCGGCCGGCACCCAGGAGUCUCCUGCAGCUCAAGCCCUCUCUGUGCUGGAGAAAGCAGCUGCGAGAUGUGGCCAGGAGGCAGGUCCAGCAAUGGCGGCUGCCAUUCUGCAAGUACCGCCUGCGCUACCCAUCUCUCUCCUCCACAGCCUAUUGGUUUUGGAAUGGCAGUGGCCGGGCCAUUGGGCAGCAUCGCCUGCCCUGGACCAGCUCCAGCCAGCUGUUGAACCGGGUGGCUUCCCUGGCACCUCUGAGAGCCGAGCCAGGCCUCAAGCCCCAGUGCCACAUGGAGGUAGCCGCCAAGCACCUAGAUAAGCCAGUACCAGCCAUGCCAUACAACACCACCAUUUCAGGCUAUGCCAUGUCGGAGAGAGCCAACAGCCAGAUGUUUGUAAUGGAUGUGAUUGCCACUGCCCAGUUCAAGGCACAGGCCAAGCUGUUCUUGCAGCAGCGCUUUGAGUCGAAGACCUUCCCUACCUACAAGGAGUUCAGUGCCCGCUUCCCACUCACGGCCCGUUCCACCUAUUACAUGUGGAAGCGUGCCCUGCAUGAUGGGCUGACGCUUGUGGAUGCCUGAGUGCCAGUUGCCAGCUGGCUUGGCCACAGCUCCUCAGCUGAUGUGCCCUUUGGCUCUCCGGUGGUGUGCCCUGGCUGGGGCCCUGCUCUAACUUUUGUUCUGGUUUGGUUUUUUGUUCCUUGUCUCUGGCUUUCUUUUCUGUGUGGUUCAAUCAGGUAUGGGAGUGUCCCUGCAGUGCCCAUUCCCAGAGACGGGUGGAGUGGAAGAAGGCACUGAGCUGUCCCAGAGGAGAGGGGCCAGGGGGUUUGUCCUCUCUGUGCUCGGAGGGUGAGCCAGGGAGGAGGCAGUACUGUGCCAGUGUCAUGAUUUGCUGCUGGGCCUCUUGAGACAGAGGAUGUGAAGGUGUCUCUGCCCCUGGCACUUGCUUGAAUGAGUAAUGUGGAUGUGCAGGAUGAGUGUGGAGGUGCCCAGUGUCCCCUUGGCAAGCCAAGCAGUGCUGGCUCAGCUGUGGAUGAAGAGGGUCUUGGGGAGUGCUCAGCUUUACAGGAGGAGCAUUUUUGAUCUGGGUUCUUCCCAGCUAAGGAGAAUAAAAGCUUCACUCGGGGUCAGCAUCAAUGCCACCUUGGCUUUCUGGCUUCCAAUACCUGCCUCUGGCUGCCCUGAUCUUCUCUAGAAGGAGCAGGGACUGGUAGAGGAGGGGACUUGUUUGUGUUCCUGUUGUAGUCUCCUGGGAGCACUAAGCUAGGAGCUGGUGUCCUUUGCAGGCUCUGGAGAAGCUGUCCCUGACCUUUCUGGUCUUGUAGCAAUAACAUUUCACACAGUCCUUUACUCUCUCACAGCUGGCAGCUGCCCUGCUUCCCUAGGGUCUCUAUUCCCUGGUGGCUGGGAGAAGGCAGGGAGAUGGAAUGUUGUGUGCCCAGUGUCCCUGCAUCCCCUGCACCAUGCUGCAAGCUGAAUGCAACGUGGAUGUCUCCUUGCAGCGAGCCUAGAUGCACAUAUCUCUCAUUUGUAAGAAGCCAAAGCAAUAA